GUCGAGGUAGGCACGGCCCGAGAGUAUCGCGUAUACCGUUCCUUCUCGUGAGCAUUCCAAGCGGGAAUUCUCGAAAGCCAGUCGUGUUGUAGAAACCGCGGCGCGGUUUGCCCGCUCGCCGGUACUUUCGACUGGUCGUAAAGUCGACGUUUCGCAGCUACGCGCCGCUUUCAGUAAUACGGAAUUUCGUCCCAAAAGCGGAUGCGACCGUCGUCGCCGAGGUAUUGGUAACCCACCCGGAAACCCCAACGGACCAUCCAUAAAAUUCUGAUCUGCUGCAGCCGCAACCAGUCGUACAAUGGAUGUUGAAACCGGGGCCAUUCUGGCCCUGCAGAUAUUGGCUCUAUGCUCGAUAGUCGCGGCUCUAUUGGCCUAUCUGAUGCGACAAUCCAGGAAUGCCACUGAUGAGUACGAGUCGCGUAACAAACGUCACGUACUUGUUACCAGCUGUGAUACAUGCGUAGGCCUGCAAAUCGCCCUUGCACUCUACGAAACUGGUUACAAGGUUUUCGCGGGUCUGCUGGACCCAACGGGCGACUCGCCGUCGGUCAAAAUCCUGAAGGCGAUCGAAUCGGAACGGCAGAAAGAGAGCGAACCCGGAGGUGCAAGUGAUAAUAAUCCACAGCAACCGGAAGCUCGUGCUCGCGGUCAAAUCGUGCCAUUGGAGCUGGAUCCGACGAGAGAGGACAGUUUGCGCGCUUGUUUGGACGCUGUCAGGGCGAAACUUCCAGCCGGCGAAGAUGGUCUCUGGGCGGUCGUGCACACGGGCGGCUUGGUAUUGCCAGGUGUCAUAGAGAAACAGACCAGCUCGAUGUGGGAAUCCAUGUUGCGUCAUAAUCUGGUCGCUCCACUCAGAACAGCCAGAGUAUUCAUUCCUCUUUUGCGUAUUAAGAGAGGCCGCAUCGUUCUUUUGGGUGACUCCGAGACGAGCUACGGCAGCAAGACGGGCUCCGGAUUAGUGGCGUUCAGCGCAUCUCGUCGGGCCGUGGAAGGUGCCGCCGAAGCGUUAAAAAGCGAAUUACAUUCCUCGGGCGUCGACGUUGUGCUUUUGAAACCGCCGCUCGUGAAUCCCGUCAUUCUUUAUGCACCGCCCGUUCUCAAGACAGUUCCAGACGUGGAGUCUGGUGUAACAGCCUCGGAAGGGACGUGGACCGCUCCGCUAUCGAUUCAUUCCAUACGGAACGCCCUGAUUCCUGCAAUUACAACGUCAUGCCCUGUGAACGUUUACGAUAUGUCCGUCAAGCCGCGACUCUUCUGUCGAUAAUCUCAUUUAUAUUUUGUAAAAAUAAAAAAAGAUUGCAGAAUGUAAUAACGCGGAGGAUUUCUUAAACCGAUUGCGUAGUACAUGAUAUACAAUCGGGCAUAGAAAGUACGGUAGAUGCAUGUUUUCUGCAGUGUCAUUUGCAUGGCACUGAUAUGCCAUCCUACAUGCCCUAAGGCAUCAUAACCGAGAUUUUUCUCUCGCUUUCCACGUAUGAAGAUUGUCAUUCUCUCACAUGUUCGUCUCGCAAGCAAUAUCAGUUUCAAAUUCUUGCUUGUUUUCCAUCCAUUGUGUAUCAUGUCUGCUGUCACGUUCUGUAUCGAUUCAAACAGAUAUUUAAUAGAACAGCCAGUAAUCUUCGUCACCGGUAUAGAAUAAGUUUGUAUUACGGAUAACUUUCUCUUAAUAUUGUGCGUUUUUCAUUUCAAAGUCAUUCUAAUGCAAUUUAUAAGAAUAAAAUUAUCCCAGAAAUAACUACUAUGUUUUCGUAUAUUUUGAAGCUACUAGAUUGAAACUGGUGAGUUUAUCUUCAAUCGCGAUGUUUAAAUAUUUGGUUGUGUGUUACGAUUUCGCGAAGUGUAUAUGUAUUCAAGAGGUUGAAACGGAAAAUGUGUUUUACGUGAGAGAUUCUAUAUAGAAUUAGAAAUGUUUUCACUCCUACAUGUAUAAAUACAUCAAUCUAUAAUAUAAUAUACAUAGAAUUUCCCAUCAAAAACAGAAUAUCUGAAGAAUUCCCCUAAGUUUAAAAAUACGAGAAAGAUAUCAAAGAUGUAAUUUAUAUGAUUUGUAUAAUUUGAAGAAUAAGUGUGAUGCAAGAUUUAUUAUGAUUAUUAUUUAAAAAUGUUUUAAAUCAAUCACGAUUCUUUUUAAAUAGAAAAAUAAUAUUUUCACUCUCUCCUUUCUUAUACCUUAUAGCUGACACUAAAACGAAUUUAUUCAGCGUCAUAAAAAUUCUUCCCGCUUUACAUUUGCCUCUUUGAAUUAUAUAAAUUACAUUUUUAAUAUUCUUCGUACCUUUAAAUUUACAAGAGUUAUUCAAAUAUUUUAUUUCCAAUAAACCAUCCUAUAUGAUUUCAUCAGUCCUUCAUGAAAACAAUUUGUGUUUACAAAGUAUAAUUAAAAUUGAAUCUUUUGCCAAUGAAUUUAUUUUUAUGUGGAAACUAUAAAAUGUGUACAGAAUUGGCACAAAAUGAAUUGUAUUGAAAUAGAAAGAAAUCUAUAUGUACACAUAAUAUUUUUUCUGCGAUUACAUACAUAACACUGAUAUUUUUGUAUAUAUGUUUUAUCAAAUUAUAUAUAUAAAAUAAUUUAGAAAAGCUUUUGUGUAUAUAUGCUGUUUUAUAUAACGGUGAUAGAAAUAUUUGAAAUAUAACUUAUUUUUGCUAUGUGUAAUAUAUACAAAUAAUCUUCGAUAAUUAAUUUUACUAUGCUUUUAGGAUAAAAUUUAUCAUUUUUUGCAAGAAAAUUGUAUAGUCGAUAAAUGUGAGAGCUGCUGUUUAACUCAUAAUUACGUUCAUUUUAUUUAAGCGACAGUUGACUGUAACUUUCAAAUGGAGUAUUUAGCAAAACUCGAGCGAAAUACUAUGUAAAAUCUUACGUAAAGAAUGUCCAUAUUCUGAAUAUGUAUAUGUAUAUGUACUUUCUUUGAAUAAUUAUAAUUUUGUAAUUAAA